GGAGGGAGGGGGAGCUUGCGGGAGCCGUGGGGAGCGGGCGUACACGUGUCAAGCGGCGAUGGCGAACGGGAAGGAAGAAGGAAAAGAAGAGGAAGUAGGAGAAGAAGGAGAAGAAGAUGAAGAAAAAGGAAAAAAGAAAAGAAAAGAAGAGGGAGUAGGAGAAAAAGGACAACGAGGAACGACGACGGAGGAGGUAGAGGAGGAGGGGGAGGAGAAGGACGAGGAGGACGAGGAGGAGGAGGAGGUGGCGAUGGAGGUGGAGGAGGACAAGGAGGACGGUGCGAUGGAGGAGGAGGAGGAGGGGGAGGAGGAGGAGGAGGAAAAGGAGACGAUGGAGGGAGAGGAGGAGGACGAGGAGCAGCCGACGAAGGUGGAGUCGGAGGAGGACUUGGAGGAGGAGGAGAAGGAGGACGGGGUGACGAAGAAGAAGAAAAAGAAGAGAAGAAGACGAAGAAGAGGAGGAGGAGGAGGAGGAAAAGGAGACGAUGGAGAAAAAGACGAGGCGAAGAAGGCGAAGAAGGCGAAGAAGAAGAAGAGGAGGAGGAUGGAUCGUCUUCUGCAGGUACCUGGAUUGAACUUACAGGGCAACCAGCUCUUGUACAUCUACUCACGCGCAUUGCCUGACCCGAUUCGCGGACAGUUCGUGGCUGAGUCGAAGUCUCAUCGCAUGCUUGUUGUUUUCAACGAUGAUACCAUGAGGAAGUUACUUCUCGACGAGUUCGAGGGAGGAGGUAAUGGCGGCAGCGAGUCGGGAAAGGGUGACAUCGCUGCCGUGGUAGCCAACAAGGGUGACACCAAUCAGUGGAAGAAGAAGAGGAGACCACGCUCGUUUCCCAAGCACCCCGGCAUCACAUUCGGGAAGCCCUAGGAAAAAUGGGUAUGACACAAGAGGAAUGACAGUCCAAGAUGAACUACCGCCAGUGCAUUAAGUGUG